GAAACAAAAAGUUGGUAAGCACACGGUUUAUGUAGAACUUCCUCAUGUUUUUCUCAAUAUAUGUAUACGUUUUGAAGGUAAGGAACUGCCAGCUAAAGGAUACAAAAAUGGAAAAUUAAAAAGUAUUGAGAUGAGGAAAAAUUGCCUAAAAGGGUGGGUUACUGCUAAUAAAGAUGUAAGGAACUCAAAAUCUCAGCCAUGGAAAAUGAGAAAGGUCUCAAAGAAACCCACUUGGCCACAGAAAACACAAAAACAAUAAAGAACAAAGAGAGAAAAACCCAACAAUGUCAAGAGUUUUUUUGCAGUUUAAAAUCUCUUUAUUUAACUUUUUUUUCUCAUCUUAGAUCUCGUCUGACAACAAUCUGAAGAUCUUCUGUCAAAAAACUCCAAAAACCCUUCUCUUAUCCUUUGUUCCCUCUUUGAUCUCUCUCUCUCUCUGAUCUCAGAACAUAACUCUGCCAUUUAAAAUGUGUACGUGCUUUUACAGCUAAGUCUGUUCCUGAAAGAUGGCACACAUGGAAGGUCCAAAUAUAUUCAACUCAGAUUCAAGGUACAUAGAACCGGCACACUUCCAUAUUCUCUGAACUCAAAACUUUAAUACUAUUGCCUUUUGGUCCCAAGAGGACCUUUUUCUCAGUGUUUUAGCCCAUACCCAUUUGGUCUUUAUCUGAAAUUUGUUCAUAUUAAUGGUGUCUGGGUUUAUUGGGUAUGUAGUUUCAAGAAAUGGGGUAGAGGUUUUUGUAUAUAAGCAGAAGCUGGAGCUGAAUUUGGCCCUAAGUCUUGUUCUUGAUUUGAGUUUAAUGAAUUUUUUGAUUGCUGGUUCUUUUGGAUGAUAAAUGUAAAAUAACAUAAAAUUAUUCCCAUAUGAUAUUACUGUAUUAAGCUUUUUUGUAAGCUUGGUUGGUUGAAAAAUGGUUAAACCCUGUUGGAGACCCUGCGUGGAGGGUGAUAGACCUCGUUGUAGGGGCAGUGAUUCUUCUGGGCGGUUUGAUGGAUUGUUGUGGUAUAAGGAUUUGGGGCAACAUGCUUAUGGAGUAUUCUCAAUGGCUGUUGUUCAAGCCAAUUCUAUGUUGGAGGAUCAAAGCCAACUCGAAUCUGGACCAUUGAGUUUGUCCAAUUCUAAUCCUCGGGGGACCUUUGUUGGGGUCUAUGAUGGACAUGGAGGAACCGAAGCUUCACACUAUGUGAAUGAACACCUUUUCUGCAAUCUUAAGAAAGUGGCAACUGAGCAUCAAGGCAUGUCCGAACAUGUUAUCAAGAAAUCUUUCUUGGAAACAGAGCGGAAUUUUCUCUCUCUCGUUGAGAAGCAGUGGCUUGGCAAGCCACAGAUUGCAUCUGCAGGGUCAUGCUGUUUGGUGGGAAUAAUAUGCGAUGGAUUGCUAUAUAUUGCGAAUGUAGGAGAUUCCCGGGUAGUGUUAGGGAGAACAGAAAGGGCCACUCAUGAAACCAAAGCUAUUCCAUUAUGUACAGAGCACAAUGCGAGUAUAGAAUCAGUCAGAGAGGAACUUCAGAAGAUGCAUCCACAUGAUCCACAGAUUGUGGUGCUAAAGCACAAAGUUUGGCGUGUGAAGGGCCUCAUACAGGUUUCAAGAUCCAUUGGUGAUGCGUAUCUAAAGAAGGCAGAGUUCAACAGAGAGCCUCUGCUGCCUAGAUUUAGGCUACCUGAGCCUUUCCUCAAGCCUGUCCUCAGUGCAGAACCAUCAAUAACAGUACACAAACUCUCUCGUGGGGAUAAAUUUCUCAUCUUUGCAUCUGAUGGUCUAUGGGAGCAACUUAGUAACGAGGAGGCUGUUGACAUUGUAAACAGCUACCCCCGUAAUGGAAUCGCGAGGAGGCUUAUUAAAGCUGCACUUGAAGAAGCCGCUAAGAAAAGAGAAGUGAGGUAUGCGGACCUUAAAAAGAUUGACCGAGGGGUGAGAAGACAUUUUCAUGAUGACAUAUCGGUCAUAGUCGCGUUUCUAGACCAAAAUGUGAUCAAUGGGAGCUCCAUCCGCAAUACAACAUUUUCAAUCAAAGGAGGAAUUCCUCCACCUACCAGCUCCUAAUCCAGGGAUAUUCAUUUUCUACAAUUCAUACCCAUAUCCCAUUUUCCCAUAUGAAUAACUAAACAAAGGAUAAUUAUGAAUUCUAAAUCUUCUCCCAGUAGCAGCUAGUUUUCAUGUUCUCAGCAAAACUUUUUGUUUUAAGGAAGCACACUUCCCUGUGACACUGAAGCAAGCAAUGGGGAAACUCUCGGUUCCUGGUUGGAGUAAAACGAGACCUGGUCGUGGCUGAUUCUUCGGAAGGUUAAUUUGAAGCAUCUUUCCCUGCUAUCUUGUAGAUAUACAUCAUUACACAUUUUCCUUCCUCUAAGUGUAUAUGUUAUGGUGGCAUAUAGUCAUUUGUUCUUGUAAUCUCAAUGUGAAAUGUCUUAUAGAGGUAAGCCAUGAAUAGCAAAUGGUCACAUCGGGUUGUAUAAUUGUGUAGAUUUGAUAUUGCUCAAUUAGAGGUGCAGCCCCAUACUUCAGGCAUAAAGCUUUAGUUUUGUAAGAGUAUGGUACAAGAAGAAAAAUUAUUCACAUCUAGGUGAGGCUGGAGACUGGAAUUAUACCUAUGCAUCUAGUAAAUUACACAAAUCAUUUAUACUCUAUUUUUUAGUUAUUA